GAAUGCUUACUCGCAUCGACUUUCCUUUUCAGGAUACUCCUUUCUUCUUGAUACAACCUAGAAAAUGUUCCUGAGAUAUUUCAUCCCUAUCGGCUGGAAGUGGAUAUUCCGCAGUCAGGAGGUCCAGCCGAGAAGGUUAACCCCGCAAAGUGAAAAAAUCUAGCGAACCGAACUGCGGACUGCCGACAAAUCACUCGCUGGCCAGUUAUCAAUAUCACAUUCGUCACCAAGAUGAUGAUCCCUCAUUACCAAUAAUCUGAGUGCGUAUCUAGACUAGACUGUAUCUCUAUCUGCGUUUGAUACCUGCAGCUUUCGUGAGGGGAAGUGUCAGUUCAGUGUCGGUAUCUACCGGGCAUAUAUGACCCUGACCCAGACCCAGACCUGCACUGCACUGCACUGCAACAGAAUGGACACGUCUGAAUAUUUCUCACCCCUCAUAUUAAUCUCCUAAGUUGUAAUUUGCUGUGCUGGAUGGACGUGGAAAACAUCAAACCCGCCGAUUCGGCCUCGGUCGACCAGAGCGUGCAAGAUGCGCGCGAUCUCGCCACCAUGGGGCACGACCAGGCGCUGUCCCGCAAAUUCGAUUUGUGGAGUAUGCUCGCGCUCGCGUUUUGCGUAUUAGGAACGUACUCGACUUUCGCGCAGGGCCUCAGCAGCGGGCUUACCAACGGCGGCCCGAUCACCAUCCUCUGGGGUCUGGUGCUCGUGACGGCGUGUAAUCUGUGCGUUGCCGUCUCGCUGGGCGAAUUGACGAGUAGCAUGCCUACUGCGCUAGGGCAAGCGUACUGGGUGUACAGGCUGUGGCAUACGCCGACGGGGCGGUUCGUGUCGUACCUGUGUGCGUGGAUCAACACGUUCGGGUGGUGGACGCUCACGGCGUCGCAGAUUGCGUUUAUGACGGAGUUUCUGCUGGGGAUGAAGGUCACGUUCGAUGAGGAUUGGGGUGGUGCGGGCGUCGGCUGGCUGCAGUUUGUGAUUUAUCUGGGGCUGGUGCUGGUCCUGACGGUGGUGAAUGUGGUGGGGUGUCGGCGGGAGAAGAUCCUGCCGUGGUUGAAUGGGUUUGUGGGGGUGUGGUUCACGGGUUGUUUGUGGUGCUAUCUGUCGUUUCAGCCCGGGAGGUUUGUCUUUGGCGCGUGGAUUAACCAGACCGGGUGGAGUGAUGGGGUCGUGUGGUUUACUGGGUUGGUGCAGGCGGCGUAUGGGCUUACUGCGUUCGACGCGGUCAUCCAUAUGGUCGAGGAGAUGCCGGCGCCGAGGAUCAACGCGCCGAGGGUGACAUAUCUGGCGGUGCUGUCGGGUGCUGUCACUGGGUUUAUCUUCAUGGUCGUCUGUCUGUUUUGCAUGCAGGAUGUGGAUAGGAUUGUUGACUCGCCCAGCGGACUGCCGUUUAUUGAGCUGAUGCUGGAGACGGGCAUCAGUAUCCUGACGACUGCAUCGCGACUGACCUGGGGGUUUGCCCGCGACGGCGGUCUCCCUUGGAGCCGGUAUCUGACGGUGGUGGAUCCCGCGUGGAAGGCUCCUGUGCGCGCUCUCUGGGCGCAGGGGGUAUUGAUCGCGCUCGUCGGCGUGCUCUACCUCUUUGCCAACACCGUCCUUGAGGCCAUCCUGAGUGUCAGCACCAUCGCCUUGACCAUCUCGUACGCUUUGCCCAUUGCGGUGCUGCUUUUCGUGGGCCGGGACCAACUGCCGCCUGGUCCUUUUCGCCUCGGCCGCUGGGGAACGGUAGUCAACUGGAUCAGCGUCGUGUAUUGUGCCAUCACGACGGUCUUCUUCUUCUUCCCUGGCUCGCCCGACCCAGCGCCAGGGGACAUGAACUACGCGAUUGCGGUGUUUGGGGUGAUGCUCGUGGUGGCUGUCGCCUUCUGGUUUAUACAGGGCAGUCGGACGUAUCUACAGACGGCGGAUGCGAUAGCGCAGCUGAUACUCGCGCAAGGAUUGGAACUGGAACCGGAACCCAGAAAAAAGUCCGAUCUAUAA